AUGGGUUGGCAACGCACAUCCGUCACUCUGGGAUUCCUUUGCAUUUCUCCUCUAGCUGGAGCUUUUUGCCUCGGAGGCACCUUCCCGCCAUUUAUUUCGAGGGGAGGAACAUGCAGCAACGACCCGAAUGAUGCUCAGAAUCUUGUUCUCUUCGCUGUACCUCCCCCAGCGUGCGACAAUCGCGGUACCUGGAGUAUGAGACUCACCACUACUAAUACAGAUGGGGUUGCCGGAGUUGCAACAGCUCGUGAGACAUAUACUGUGGCUGUUUCUGGGGUGUCGACGACAUUGACAUUUCAUUAUGACUUCCCGGUUUCGGCACUGAAGGAUGGGGCUGUAGCGACGUUUGGGGUCGACGCCACCAGUGGAAGUAACGGAUACUCAGCGUUUCCAUCCUGGAGGCAGACCUUUAUUUCAAGCGUAUUUUACUCUACCGAAACUAUCACUAUCCCUAGUGUAGCUUUGGAGAUGACGACAACGACCUCUACACUCACGGUUGAGGAAACAUCAACCAUUACCCCGACUGCGUUUGUGACUUCCUUCAAAGGUACAAAGACAGUUUACAUGCCGAGAGCAACUACAACCAAAUCCAUUACUAUUACUCCUCUCCCUCAAACAGUAUACACCCAGAUUAUCAUCAAAUCCACCAAAACCGUAACAUGCAUUCCAUCGAAGCAAAACUCACACUACCGCUCUCCCCGCAAUGUGCUUUCUCCCCGCCAAGCACCCGGCGGUGAUGCAUUCUACGAACCGCCAAACUGCGGCGCUGUAACUCCCACAACACUUCCCACGGUCCUGCUUGUAACUUCAACUAGCACGUCGACUGCGACGGAAGAAUCUUUGACAUCGACUACCACAACGCGUACGAUUACUGGAUCGGUGUUUGUAAGUAUUGUAAGCGCGAAAGCAACCACAACGAUCACGCCAACCCGAACGAUAACGAAGUUCACGUGUGCUAAAAGAGCCACGAAGACGGUGACUAAGACGAUUAAGGUGGAGCAGACGGUUUAUCCGAAAGGGAGGAAGACCCCCAGGUGUGGAGGAUGGACGCCGUGGGAGAAUCGACCGUGGAUGAAAGCAGAUGGGUGUGAGGAAACCAAGGGAGGCAAGUAG